AUGAACAUUCCGAAUAUUGGUGCUAAAGGCAAAAGUAAGGCAGCAAAAGGUAUUGCAAAGAGGCACAGAAAGCAGUCCGGCUUGACAGAUAGCAUAUCCAAGCCUGCAAUAAGAAGAAUUGCUCGGCGUGCAGGUGUAAGAAGAGUUGGGGGCGGCUGCUUUAAGGAGAUAAACAAUGCAGCAAGAGAGUAUAUCAGAGACACUCUUUCCAUUGCAUGUAUUUAUGCCACACAUGCCAAGAGAAAGACAAUCACAUGCUCUGAUAUCUUACACUCUUUGAAAAGAAUGGGUAUCAAGUAUAUUGGCUAUUAA